CCUAUCUCCACUUUCGUUCUUUCUUUCCCUAUUUAAUCUGUGAAGAAGAAGAAGAAGAAGGAAAGAGUCUUCUUUCAACUUCUAGGCAGUUGAAUCUAGAAACAAUUCUAGCUGGAAAAAUUAAUUGAAGAAAGAGAGAGAUAGAGAUACAAUCUUUAAGAGGCUGUAACUAGUUACCCACAAUCCAGGAAACCAUUGAAAAUUCAAUUCAUUCAAUCUUUUUUUAAAAAAAAUUUCCCGGGAAAGUUUUAGUGUGUAUCAUGGGAUUCUUGUCUGCUUAACUUCUAAUAAAAAGUCGAUCUCUUUCUGUAGAAAUCUGUCGAAUUUUCAUUUUUUGUUCCAUUAAUACAUCAACCCAUCUUUACAACCAACCAAAAAAAACAAAAAAAAGCUCAAACCUUUAACCAAAAUUUCAAAAAAAAAACAGAGCAUCAAUGGAGGAAGUAUCACCCACCGUUACUAUGCCUUUCAUGCCGUUCCCUGAAACCCAGAUGGAGUUAGCAGGGAUCAUGUUGGGUAAAGGCUACUGCAACGGGCAAUACUCGUCACAAGAUUCAGAGAACGGCUCUUGCUCUGUUUCUGGGUCUAGGAAAGUUUUGUCUUCUCGGAUCAAUUCACCAAACUUAAACAUGAAGGACUCAUCAUCAUCAUCAUCGUCAGAGAUAGUCUCCGGAGUUGAGAUCAACGGCGCAGAUGAGAGAUCGAAGAAGAUGAUAAGCAGAACAGAGAGUAGGAGUCUGUUCGAGUUCAAGAGUGUUCCUCUGUACGGUGUGACUUCGAUCUGUGGGAGAAGACCUGAGAUGGAAGAUGCUGUCUCCACGAUACCGAGAUUCCUCCAAUCUCCGACAAACUCGUUGUUAGAUGGUCGGUUUAAUCCUCAGACAACCGCUCAUUUCUUCGGUGUAUACGACGGUCAUGGUGGUUCUCAGGUAGCGAAUUAUUGCGCAGAGAGGAUGCAUUUGGCUUUAGCGGAGGAGAUUGCGAAGGAGAAGCCUGUGCUCUGUGACGGUGACACGUGGCAGGAGAAGUGGAAGAGGGCUUUGUUCAACUCGUUUCUCCGCGUUGACGAGGAGGUGGAGGCGGUUGCUCCGGAGACUGUUGGGUCAACGUCGGUGGUUGCCGUUGUUUUUCCGACUCAUAUCUUUGUAGCUAACUGUGGUGACUCUAGAGCUGUUCUUUGCCGCGGCAAAAGUGCACUCCCUUUGUCUACUGACCACAAACCGGAUAGAGAAGAUGAAGCGGCGAGGAUUGAAGCCGCCGGAGGGAAAGUGAUCCGGUGGAACGGAGCUCGUGUGUUCGGUGUUCUCGCCAUGUCAAGAUCUAUUGGCGAUAGAUACUUAAAACCAUCAAUCAUUCCUGAUCCGGAAGUAACUGCCGUGAGGAGAGUCAAAGAAGAUGACUGUCUAAUUCUAGCAAGUGACGGUGUUUGGGAUGUAAUGACUGAUGAGGAAGCGUGUGAGAUGGCGCGGAAGCGUAUUCUCUUGUGGCACAAGAAGAACGCUGUUGCUGGAGAUGCGUCGUUGCACACGGAUGAGAGGAGAGGGGAAGGAAAAGAUCCGGCGGCGAUGUCUGCGGCUGAGUACUUGUCAAAGCUAGCUUUACAGAGAGGAAGCAAAGACAACAUAACUGUGGUGGUUGUUGACUUGAAGCCUCAGAGGAAAUUCAAGAGCAAACCCUUGAACUGAACCAGAGGGUCCUUUUUCUUAUUUUUUUAUCAAUGAAUAUGGGUCUCUCAAAGAAAAUAAUUAUAAUUUGUGCUUUUAAUUAUUUUUAACUAACACGUUAUAAUCAUAUGAGAUGGUGUAGCUUAAUGUGUUUUAAGCUCUUUGUCUUGACGUCCUAAAGAAGCCCUAUGUAUUUUUCCUCCCGGGCUAAUUUGUAAUAUGGUUACAAUAUACUCCCUCCGUUUUAUAUUAAGUGUCGUUGUAGAGAAUUUUUUGUGUUACAAAAUAAGUGUCGUUUUCAGUUUUCAAUG